AGCCUCCCGCCGAUCACGCAGCAUGCCCAUCCAUCACCAAGCCGCAAGCCACAGCUAGCGAUCAGCUCACACUACUACGUCCAAUCCUAUACAGCAACCAAGCACUCUCGAGAGGCGCCGCUGCGUCUUCGCCGGCCAGCUCGAUCGCCGCAAUGGCGUCGCAGCAGCAGCCCAGGAAGCAGGCCACCACCAAGGGCCAGGAGGAGGGAGGCCAAGGCCAGGCGAUGAACCUGGAGGAGAUCGGCAAGUACCGCGCCGAGGCGCAGCAGCGGUCGGCGGAGGCCAUCCGCGCCGCCGAGGAGCGCUUCAACAAGGCCAACAACCAGCAGCCGCGCGGGGCCGCCGCCGCGGCCCAGGCGCCCGGCGCCACCGUGGUCUCCUCGUAUCAGGAGACCACGAAGCAGCCUGCAGCGACGCAGCAGGGGGAGAGCCAGGGCCGCGGCACUGAUGCGCAGCAGUGGCUAGCUCAGACCGCGGCCGACGCCAGGGAGAGGUGCAACAAGGCCAUGGGGACGAGCCCGGCCGCCCACGCGCCGGCGGGCGGCGCGGCUCCCCACGACCACGGCAAGGGGGAGCAGGAGGGCGGCUGCCAAGCCCGCGCCCAUCUGACGCGGCAGGAGGAGAUGGGGAGGCCGGACGCGGAGGCCGCGCGCGCCGCGGUGGAGAAGCACGACAGGGGCGGCGCGGCGGCGGGGCAGGGCGUGAAGGACAAGGCCACGCGGGCGGCAGGCGCCACGGCGGACCAUGCCGCGAGGAAGGGCGCUGAGGCCAAGGACGCCGGCGCGCGCGGCGCGCAGGCCGCGGAGGCGAAGACCCAGGAGGCCACAGGGACGGCGGCCGACUACACCAAGCAGGCGGCCGCGAGGGCCAGGGAUGCCACUGCCGGCGCGGCCGGGACGACCGCUGAGUACGCGAAGCAGGCGGCGGCGAAGGCCAGGGACGUGACGCUGGCCACCGGCGAGACGGCCGCGGAGUACGCGAAGCAGGCGGCGGCGAAGGGCAGGGACGCGACGCUGAGCACCGGAGGGACGGCCGCGGAGUACGCGAAGCAGGCGGCGGCUAAGGGGAAGGACGCGACGCUGAGCACCGGCGGGGCAGCGGCCGAGUACGCGAAGCAGGCGGCGGCGAAAGGGAAGGACGUGACGCUGAGCACUGGCGGGACGGCGGCGGAGUACGCCAGGGCCGCGGCCGAGAAGGCGAAGGAGGCGGCGGUGGCGACCGCGCGGACGACGGCCGGGUACACGCAGCAGGCGGCGGCGAAGGCGACGGAGGUGACGGCGGACACCGCGCGCAGGGUGGCGGAGUACGCCAAGGAGAAGGCGGAGCAGGGGAAGGAGCGCGCGGCGCGCGCCGCCGACCAGGCGGAGGAGCCGGGCCACGACGCGGCCGCGGGGGCCGAGGACUCGGCGUCCCAGGCGGCGGACGAGGCCUCCCGCGGCUUGACCGGGCAGCACGAGGACAGGGCCAAGGACACGGCCGGCGACGUGGCGCGCAGGGCAGGCGACACGGUCGUACGGGCCAAGGACACGGCGAAGGACGUGGCCGGAUCCGUGGCGCGGAAAGCGAGCGACACGGCCGGGCGCGCCAAGGACACGGCGGAGGGCGCGGUCGGUGGCGUGGCGCAGAAGUCGAGGGAUACCGCCGCCGAGGCAAGGGAUAGGACGAAGGACACCGCCUCACACGCGGAGGAUAAGGCCGGGGAGGUGAAGGACAGGGCGUCGGGGACCGGCAAGGCCGCCGCCGGCGGCGGCGGUGUCACGACGAAGGCGAAGGGCGGCGGCGGCGGCGGCGGCGAGGAGGGCGGCGGCACGACGAUAGUGGGCGACGUGCUGGAGGCGGUGGGCGCGACGGUGGUCGGGCUCGCGCAGCACGCCAAGGGGCUCGUCGCUGGCGAGGAGGAGCUCGUCCCGGUCGAAGGCGAGGAGGGGAAGGUCGCCGGGGGAGCCAAGGAAGAGAAGCGCAAAACUGCUUGAUGGAGACGUUUCUUUGAGGAAUGCUUUGAUGGAGAUCUCGGUUUCGCGACACGUUCAGCUACGUGUGUAGUAGAAUAACGUUGCCGGUGUACGUAGGUUGCCAUGUCAAGAGUGUGAUCUUGUGAGUGUAAAAGAUGCUGUGACCGGUGACCCUGUCGACCAGCUCUAGUGUUCUCAAUUGUAUUAGCGUGCCAACAGCCAUGCUGUGGCACGGGACAUAGCUAGUAACCAAAGUUAAUCUUGCGCGCCCUGGAGUUCGUAAAACCUCUCGAGAUGCA